ACAUAUUUUUGAACAAAUAUUUAAAUAUGAGUUAAUUGACUACUUACUAGUUAUUUCCAAUAAUCUCUUUAAAAUAGUUAUUAAUUUUUUCCAGCAUGUUUAAUUUAACAUGACAUUUAAAGCCCAAUAACCAUUCGAAAUUUCCCAAAUUUCAAAUACUACUACUAUGAUGCCCAUUUUAAUUUCGCGGCUUUGCCAAACGCCACAAUUGGCUCUCCGUUCAAACUCUUUGACGGUUUGCUUGUCAAAAAUAGGCGCUAAAAGCCGUAUUAUAAACAACGUGGAGGCUCAAUUCUCCCGCCAGUAUCAUCAGAGUUAUUGCGGCGAGUACAAUCGAUUCAGCACCAUGCCUACACUAGCCAAAGAGUCUACGGUCCUCAAAUAUACCAAAGUGACCCCCGAUGCCCAUCCGCCCUGCAAGGGCUCCGAUAAAGCGGCCGGUUUCGAUCUCAGAAGUGCCAUCGAUGCCGUUGUACCGGCUAGGGGCAAAGCCCUAAUCGAUACCGGACUUAUGAUCGAGCUUCCUGAGGGUUGCUAUGGACGAGUGGCGCCCAGAUCUGGAUUAGCUGUGAAAAAUUUCAUUGAUGUUGGUGCUGGUGUCAUAGAUGAAGAUUACAGGGGCAUAUUGAAAGUAGUACUCUUUAACCACUCAGAUGCGGAUUUUCAAGUAAACAAGGGGGACCGUAUUGCCCAACUUAUAUGUGAAAAGAUAUACUACCCUGAAUUACAGGAAGCAAAGGAGCUGACAACCACAGCCAGGGGUGAAGGAGGUUUUGGAUCCACAGGAACCAAUUAGUUUUUGCAUUACUUAAUUCGGCAAAAAUAAAUCUUAAAUCGGGCUGUUAAACUGUUUUGUUCCAUAUUAUUCAGUAUUUUAUUAUUUAAUUUUAAAACUUUCGGAAAUCUCGUUCCUGUUCUGAUUGCGAAGGCAUGAUCUUCAGUUUAGUUAUUUACUUUUAAGAAUUAAACCCUGAUAUUAAUUUUAAGGCUUUCAGUUUCAAUUAUAGAGAUAAUGUCUUUUAAA